AGCGGCGGCGAUGGCUGCCGCGGCGGGGGGUCGGGUGCUCUGCCUCUUCGACGUGGACGGGACCCUCACGCCAGCGCGGCAGAAAAUUGAACCAGAAGUGGACAGGUUCCUGCAGGAGCUGCGCGAGAGAGUGAAGAUUGGGGUUGUGGGAGGUUCGGACUACUCCAAGAUAGCUGAGCAGCUGGGCGAGGGUGAUGAAGUCAUCAAUAAAUUCGACUAUGUCUUUGCCGAGAAUGGUACCGUGCAAUACAAGAAUGGGCAACUGGUCUCCAAGCAGGCCAUUCAGGACCACCUGGGAGAAGAGCUGCUGCAGGAUCUAAUCAACUUCUGUCUCAACUACAUGGCACUGCUGAAGCUGCCCAAGAAACGAGGGACCUUCAUUGAGUUUCGCAAUGGGAUGCUGAACAUCUCCCCCAUCGGACGGAGCUGCACACUAGAGGAGCGAAUCGAGUUCUCCGAGUUGGACAAGAAAGAGCGGAUCCGGGAGAAGUUUGUGGCAGCCUUGCAGAGGGAGUUUGCUGGCAAAGGCCUGCGUUUCUCUCGAGGUGGCAUGAUCAGCUUUGACGUCUUCCCGGAGGGCUGGGACAAGCGCUACUGCCUCAACGUGCUUGACGACGAGCGAUUUGACACCAUCCACUUCUUUGGGAAUGAGACCACCCCUGGAGGGAAUGAUUAUGAAAUCUAUGACGAUCCCCGAACGGUGGGACAUAGUGUCCAGUCCCCCCAGGACACCGUCCAACGAUGCCGCGAAAUCUUCUUUCCAGAGAGAGCUAAUGAGUGCUGACUGUGAGAUCCCUGCAGCCCUUCACCACCACUGUCCUUCCCCAUGAGGAAAAGCACCUUCAGUUGAGGAAUCUGCUCAGGGUAGACUGGGAAACACUUUCCAGAGCUGGUCAGGAUUUAAUGUGUGAAUGCGGGUGGGUGUGCAGAAGGGGGGCUCAGUCGAUCAGUCCUUCAGCACUCCCGAUUUAUGGCUGGAGUCUGUGAGACCAAACAGCACUUGACUCCAGAAAAACUCUUCUCUUUCCAGUUCAGGCCUAGGUAGGAGGCAAUACCUGCUUUCUUGAUCUGAAAGCUUUUGAAACGGCCAGUCAUGACGGCGUAUGUGUCCCUCUGUCGUUCCCUCCCCUUUUCUUUCUCGCUCUGUUUCUCUUAACAUACCUGCACAAGGGAAUAUGCAUCUCACGUUUGUCUCCCUCUUGUCCCUUUGACAGGGAAUGUGGGUACACUCAGGCUCUCGGUGCUCUCACUGGAGAAGCAAGAUGCCAAUAAGGCAGUUUGCUCCCAAGCCCCUGGUAGAAGGGGCAGCAGCAACCCCAACUUGUUGCAGUGCUGUAUGCCCUAGCAGAGAGGGACACGGGGUCAGCAUUGCCCCAAGCCCUCGGGGCCCAUCUGCAUCCCUCACCUCAGUUCCAUGCAGGGACAGACCUUAGACAUGGCCUGGGGAUGAUAUUUUUAAAAUGGGUGUGCUCCCACUCUGAGUUUUGCUAAGGUGCCUAAAGAAACUAAUUCUCUUUACCUUAUGAAAAAAAAAACCCUGACUGUGUGUCCUGCAGAAGUCAUCAUCUGACAGCUGGCCUGGCUGGAGGACCCCUCGGUGUCUGGUGAGCAUUAGGCACUUUAUGGGAAGACUGGGAGCAGACGCCUUACCAAUAGUCUUCUCACCCACAUGUCAUUUAGGCGUCGGAGUCGCUGAUAUGUUGGUACCCGACCUUACGCACGGCAUUCAUAGCAGAGACUAAAUCCCCUUCCUUUCCUAGUGCUCAGCUUUCCUGUUAUGUCCUUCCAUCGGAGAUGUUCUCAGAGAAAGCUAAUACAGGCCAAAACUAAUUCCUAGUGUCAGUGGGGAUAUAUACUUUAACAAGUUUUCUUUUUCUACCACCUCUCCCCCAUCCACUCACUUCAUAUGGCCACCUUUAGGGAGGCAAAUAAUUCAAUGCCACUCUCGUAUGUCCUCCUGCUCCUCUCUUCUUCUGAGUCUUCAGUCAUAGCAAAACUAAAUCUCUCCUUUGGCCCUGACCUUCUCCUUCACGUUGCCCUUUUACUCCUGGCCAUUAUGCUGGGGUGUGACUGUGACUUUAGUCACACAUUGGUGACUUUAGUUGCAGCUCAGUGCUCAGCAGGAAGCUUGGGGAUCCUCUCCAGAGAGGUGCCCUCCUUACAACUGCCCAGGGCAUAAGUAGCUGGCGUUUGUGCCCCCAGAUGGGAGGCCAGAUGUUCCUGCAAAAAAUCCCUACUUCGCUCUCUGGAAGCUUUUCUCACCAUGUCCAUGCAAAUGUGUCACUGUCCAUCUGAGCUGUUACUGUCUCUUGGUUCUGGUUUUCCUCUCCUUUUUCUCUUGUUUCUGCUUUCCUUGCACUCUAAUUGCCUCUCCUUGCAGCCCAGUAGCUAUUUGCAUCUAGUAGCUGGACUGCAGAGAGAUGUUUCUUAGCUGGCUACUUAACUAAGGGACCAAGUUGCUCAGACAAGAUAUGUUGGUGCUUUUAGAUCCAGGGCAGGGCUCCCACACUGCAACUGGCAGGAGCCUGAACGGACCUCGGUACUGUUGCCUGGCCAGUCGCAAGAGCAGGUGUGCUGCUGGCCAGCAGCGUCAGGGUGUUUUUCUUCCCCAUUUGACUGUACCUCUUAACUCACAACACAUCAGGUCUGUAACGCAUCAAGUCUGCAUGAAGGCAUUGGUCUGCCGGGCAUCCGGAAAACCCCAACAGAUGCACAAGUUCCUCUUUCUACCCAGACAAAAUUUCUGAGUGGGAGAAGAGGGCCUGUUGGAGAAGCCUGAUGCAGGGUACCUUUUCCACAAACCACUAUUUUUAGCCCUCCAGAGCAACCUUUAUGGAGGAGUCAUGUUUUGUGGUUCCUCCUUCUCUGUUUCACUGUGGAUCAGGUUCACUGUGGAUGUGUUUUGGGGUUUUUUUUUUGUUGUUGUUGUUUUUUUUCUGUAAGUAUAUUCAAAGUCAACAGGAUCUCUAAUCUCUAGAGAGCUCCAUGGUGUUGAAGACCAGGCCCUGACCCUGAUGGUACAAAACACUGUGGUCGCUGUGGGGACUGAGAUGACCAGUGUAUUUGAAGGGAAAGGCAGGCUCUGUCCAAAGCUGCUCCCGGUGGCACGGUUUGGUGGGGGGAGAAUAGCAAGGAGAACGGAGCAGAAAUACAGCUGCCCUUUGAGGCAGUAGUCACUGUUUUCUGUGCUGAGGAAUCCACACAGGCAUUGGUGGGAUGAAGCUCGGGAAGCUUCACCUUCCUCGUGUCCUCCGUGUUGCAUUGAGCUUGGGCUAACGGAGGGCACCUCCUGCCAGGAGACCCUGUCCUGCCGCAGGAAAAGGAGGGCGGCAUCAGAAAUAACUGGGGAGCCCCAGGCUGUCGAGGCACUGAAAUACCGCAGUUGAGGUGGCUCAGUGCUGAACUUCGUGUGAGGUAGGGAAGCAGGUGGACAGCGCAGGGGCGCCCGGUGCCCCUCGCUGAGGACAGGGGCUGCGGAGGAGGCCCGUGCCGGAGAGCUGGGCAGUCAUCUCUGGCUGCAGAGCAGCUGCCCCGGCUCUUCAGUCCGGCCAGCCCAGAGCCCGAGCUAACCCACGGGAGCUGCAGAGACAAAACCAGGACCUCUGCGGUGCUGGGAGUGUGCGCGAGGGAGGAUUUCUGAGUGACGGAGCGGAGGUGGUGGGCUCCGUGUCGGGAGCAGUGUCGCCAUAGGGCUCUGUAUCCCUGCAAGAUGGGCAGUUCCUGUCUGACUGAUGCUAACUGUUAAAUAAGAAAUAUAUUUAAAUAUAUACAUAAAUAUAUAAAAUAUAUAUAUAUAUAUAUAUAUAUAUAUAUAUAAAAGAAUCAAUCCUAUUAAAGCUGUCACAGCCGUGGA